UCAACACACACAGAGAGAGAUUUCAUCACAAUUUGUUAUCAGAACGACCAUCAAGGAACGUAAUAGUGUCGUCGAAAGUGUAAUUCGAGUCUAAUCAAAUCAUGUCAACACAAUUGGCAAACGUACCAGACAAUGCAGCCGAGCACUGCCCUGGAACACAGAGUAACGAUGCUGGCAAAGUGUCGGCCUGUGCAGGAUGCCCAAAUCAACAAAUUUGCUCAUCGGGUGCAGCACAGGCAGUGGAUCCCGGAUUGGAAUUGGUCAAAAAUCGUCUAGCCGAAGUAAAGAACAAAUUGAUGAUUCUAUCCGGCAAAGGCGGGGUCGGCAAAAGCACAGUAACGAAUUUAGUGUCGCGAGGAAUGGCUCAUCGUUUCAACGAGAAAAAUUUCGGAAUUCUAGACAUUGACAUUUGUGGACCAUCACAGCCGCGGAUGAUGGGAGUGUUGGGCGAGCAAGUUCAUCAAUCCGGUUCCGGAUGGUCACCGGUUUACAUUGAAGACAAUUUGUCCGUGAUGUCGAUUGGAUUCCUGCUCGGUUCGGCCGAUGAUGCCAUCAUUUGGAGGGGACCGAAGAAGAACGGAAUGAUUCGACAGUUUUUGAGCGAAGUGGAUUGGGGUCAAUUGGAUUAUCUACUGUUGGACACACCGCCCGGUACAAGCGACGAACACUUAUCGGCCACCACUUAUCUCUGUAAUACGAUCGGAAAUCUGGGUGCUGUGCUGGUGACGACUCCGGCCGAGGUGUCACUGCUGGAUGUGCGAAAGGAAAUCAGUUUUUGUCGGAAAAUGAAAAUUCCGAUCGUCGGUGUCAUCGAGAAUAUGUCGGGUUUCGUGUGCUCGAAGUGUUCGACGAGAUCGGAAAUCUUUCCGGGCAAAACUGGAGGAGCUCGUCAGAUGUGUCUGGAUUUGGACGUUCCGUUUCUGGGCGAGCUACCGGUCGAUCCGAAGCUGACGAAAGCGUGCGACGAAGGAACGAAUUUCAUUGCGGAAUUCGGUGACAGCUUGGCGGUUAAGUCGCUCAAUGGCAUUAUUGACGAGAUUGUUAAAUUUUUUGAAUAGUUUUGAACGAAUAAAAUUCCGAAAUUUUCAUUAUUUUUCGUACAA